AUGGAAAUCCGCCGUUGGUUCUUCUUCAUUUUGACUAACUGUAUCCUAACACAAUAUCUGGAAGGAAAGUCAGUGUCAUUAAACGAACUGAUUGCAGCAGAAUCUCAAGCAAAACAAAGUGAAGAAAAACAUCCUAUAAAAUUUAGAGAUCGAGAGACAGAAGAAACUUCAUCUGACGAAAUCCUGACCUCAGAAACAAAGAUAAAGCGACUACCCAAAACACUACCGCCACUAAAAUUGCCAGGACUUCUCAAACGGUCGCCAUUACUCAGACACCUGGCAUCUAAAGCGAAAUUAGCAAGACUGAAACUAUCUAACAGAAUAUCAGCCGUCGAAAAACUAUCACCACUUAGUUUGAAAAAAGCAUUUCAAAUCAAAAGCCCUUUGAAACCUAAGAAACUUCAAGUAGGCCGAAGAUUAAGGCACAAACGGAAAAAUCAGUCAAAAAAGCGCGAAAUAAAUCAAAAUGAUCAUUUCAAACAUCAAUAUGUUCCAGUUCUCAAGAGCCUUAAUUUGUUGUUCGAUAAUCUUCUCAAUUCCGAUACGAGCGACUCUUACGACAUCAAACCUAAAAAAUAUAAACACAAUCGAUCUAACUCUAAGGAACGAUAUGAAUUCCCUAAUGGCUACUCAAACAAAGGCAGUGCGAGAAUUACCAAACAUCGAUCGAACAAAAAGGCAGUUGCUUUUGCCUCAUCUUCACCCACUAAGGUCACGUCGGAUACCAAGAAUUUCCCCUCUGGCAAGGAUUAUGACUACAGCGCUAACAGACCGAAUAAGAUCAUACCCGUAUUACUUUCAAGAAAUACCACUAGCAGUAGGCGAAACAAUAAUGGAACAAGUAAGAGAAGCAGCACCACAUUUGACAGAGACAUUGAAGGAAAUAUCACCAGGUAUCAUGGAGAUAAUGAACAUAUUACCCGACGGGGAGAGGAUGAGUCCAAUGAAGAAGGCGAUGAAGACAAUACCUACGGUGCUACACGAAAUGAGUCAAGCGGCAUUGGACACUCAAGAGGAAAUGGAAUUGAUACCCGAAAUUCCAAGGAUCGAGAAAUAUUCGACGGUAGCGAAUCGAAGAACAAAAACACCAUUGACAACUUUGGAGAAAAUCAACUCGAGACUAGGGGAAACCAAACAAAGAGCGAAAGCUCUGUACGAAAACCUCUUCGAAGAUUACGAGGAUUUGUACCCGAAGACAAAAUCUCUGAUGAAAGAGUCUUACCAGAGCCAAUACGGUCCGAAGAAGUAUAUGAAGAAAGCAUUCUCAGUGCCACAGACAAUAGCUCCAGUGAUAAACGAGUCAUUGACAAAAGUAGCCCAUUUACCACAGAAGAUGAAAAUGUUCGUAAAAGAAAUGAAACAGUAAUCUUAGUUGAAAGAAACUCUAACUAUUCACAAGGAUCUGGUAAAAAACUUCCUGUUGUUAUGAUUUUUGAUGGGUACAGUGUUACAAGAGAUAAAAAUGGUGAAAAUAAAGUUUUAGGCAAAACAAUUCAUAUUCAUUAA